AUGAGCGAAACGCUCCUGACUAUCAACACGGUCCUAUCGUCAGGCGCUGUGAUAGCUUCGUUCAGAGGGCGGUAUUCUGCUGGUGCAUCUACUGACGAGCUGCUAAUCGUCAGGUCCAACUGUUUUCAAAUCUAUGGAGUAGAGUGUACAAAGUCCGCAGAUGCAGCAGGGACCCCCAUGGAGGUGUUCCGGCCACUACUAACGGUAGACCUAAUCGUUUCUAUCGAUAGAGCAUGCCACAUUCCAGCGAUUUCCUUUGCGAAUCAAACGUUUUCACAGGAUUUACUUCUCCUUGUCUCUAGCACUUUGCACAUCAGCUUAUAUGGAUUUUAUGGUAAUAGUCAGGCGCUUAAUUACGUGGAGCUGUUAAAUCUCAACCUCGCAUUCUAUCUGGCCACAGAAGGCCGCAUCCCCCUCCCCAUACCUAAGAAAUACACCAUGUCACUGGCGGCUGUUUCGGUGGUACCGACUAUGAGUGCUUUAAUUUGCUUUUCAUACAGAGAUUCCCCAACCAUCGCGGGCCAGCUAGUGUUCAUUUACUUAUUCAACAGCGCCCUCGGGAGCAAUUCGUCGUUGAAAAAGAACGCCCACAAGGCAGAUGAGCAUAUCCACGCAAGCAUCAUUCUCCCAAAUAAGAACACGGAGACAAGCCAGGUCAUAGAUGUGAAGCAAGUAUGCUUUCUAGAGUCACCUCCUCUUUACGAGCGCUCGGGGGAAACUAUGCUCCCAGUCUUAUGUGUCAAUGGAAACAGCGACAUCUGCUCAUUUGAGAUAUGCCGUGAGUCAUUUUUCUCCAGCCCGCAACUACAUGGAAUUGAAUCGCGUAUUAAUCUGAUAAAACAGGGAAUUAAGCUCAUGGAUGGUCCGUUUUACAUGCGUGACCUACCGUUUGGGUCGGUUUUGUGUCCUGUACACUUUUAUAUAGAGUCACCGGAUGCACUAAUGAUGUACUUUCCUCUUGCAGUGGCUACCUGCGAUUCGUUCAGCCUUGUUCUCAAAAUGCGUGACUCCUACAGCAUAUCGUUUAGAACUGCAAAUCAGCAGACUUUUAAGUCCCUUCAUCCACAGGCAGUACCUCUAAAUGUCACACAGAUAGAAAACAGCCACAUUUUUCUGAUAGCUUUUGAUGAUGGCAACCUUUGCUAUGUCUAUCUUGACGUUGGACAGCUGUUCAUGGUUGCAACUGACAAGAAUGAGGAAGACAUCAGCAGCACACUGACCACCACGGAGACCAUAUACAGUAACGGUGUAGUAACGCAUGCAUUGCGUGCCAGGAUUUUCACCACAGGCGUGUUUACGUGGCCUAACUACGGGAAGGAGGGCAAGAUGUUCCGGCUCCCUUCAUCUAUUCAUCUGGCAUGUAUACGGAAACGCCGCUACGGCUUGGUCAGGUCUCGCGGCAGCUCAGGUAAAGCAACAUUAAGCCUACUGGAGGAUGCUGCCUUUGCUACUGCGGCGGCACAGCAAGACCAGGGCACGUCUCCAGGAUACUUCCAAUCGGAGGAGAGCAUUAGGCAGGAUAUGGCAUCCGACGAGGUCCUCAUUUUCCUUGGGAGUCAGACACUCGACAGUACAAUUACACGAGUGCAGCUAUCAAAUCUGUGCAAGGCCCAUAACCUUAAUGUCGAAUGUGGAAAGGCCGGAAAGCAGCUGUUUGAAACACCCAAGCACGAAUCUCUCUACCAGCUAGAUCUCAUCAACCAGCAGCUGAUUCAGGGCGUCGGAGCCGUCCAAGAUUUGUCUCAUAUCGAGAGCGGGCUUAUUUUGACUGCUAGCUCACAUGGACGAGACGGCAAUCUUGCCUUGAUGGAAAAGGGGAUGCUCAUUAGAAACAUGGGAGACGCGAAGUUGCCGAAUAUGAGCAUCGCCAAUCUCUUCUUCUACCACUGUCCAGUUGACGCGCAAUACUACAUCGUUCUGGUUUCAAAGGCAGGUGAUAUCUCCAUUUAUCAAAUAAAGCUUGCCAGCAGUUGCAUGCACGGAAACCUCCAGAGGCAGAGCCAGCACAAAACUCGAAAACUAUCGCAGCUCUCCGUCACAUCGACCAAAUCCAUUCUAGGGCUUCUUCAAACAACCACUGGCUCCAGCCUACCAAGAGAUAUAGAGAACCAUAGCCUAGUGGACUUUGUUCACGUGCCAGAUUCGCGAACAAUAUCUUCUCUGGCUGAAAUUGAUUUUGAAACCAUCAGACAGAAGCACCCCGACUUCGGGAUUUUGCUGUCGAUGAGUACGCUCUCUAUAGAUACGAAUAGGCGCAUUACUAUACGCUUAUAUAGAGGCGGCGUUUGCGUGGAUAAUUCAAUUCUUUACAAGUUUAGCUCCACAGUCCUCAGCGGCAGGAUCUACAAGGAGUACAUUGUCGCUAGCGGUGCAGACAAGAGCAUGUUCAUAAUGAGGGUCAGAACAGAUACGCAACCAUCCACUGCUCUUGUGAUGCUCAACAAGUACACGGACGUUCACGUCGCCACGGUGUCCAUGGACACCUUAGAUGCAUCCAGGAACGUAUAUGCAGCCUUCUUUGGCAUGCAGAACAAAACCAUUUUGAUAUACGCUUUCGAUAAUUGUAACAUGGAAGUUACAUCUCUUAGUCCCAUUAAAGUGCCGAUAGUGCCGUUUAGCGUCUUGCUACUUUUGUCUGACACACUGGGAAAGGCUCACGAAUCGCCAAACGUUGACGUGCUAGAAGGAAAGCUGGUGUUUUCUGGACUAGAUGGGUAUAUCGGCAUAAUACCCUUUGAGGUCAGCCAAAAGAAAUCCAAGCGAGCCUAUACAUACACAUUAAGCACCUCCAAAAUCAAUUCAACCACGAUCCUGAAGAGUCGUGAGGGGAAAAUCCCCCUUCAGCUCUAUCAUGUAAUGGACUCGUCCAGUUCUUUUAUGGUCCGCGGCUCGCACCUCUUCUACGCCACAAUUAGGAAAGAGAUUGACCUUACAAUUACCAAGCCAAAAGGCACAGAUGACGUCAGCUGGCGUAUCAACGUCAUUCGCAUGGUUACAAGGCCCUUGAGAACUAUGGUGAUGGUUGUUCCGCUCCCCGUAGAACUGCAAAGGCUGAUCUUCAACCAUAUUGAAUGCAAUCUGAUAACUCCGUACCAAUGUUGCAUCGAAGCAUGCGACGAAAUGACGCGUGCUUCUGUCUAUGGCAUGACGACCCGCACAGCCAACCGAUGCACGGAUCUGCAAGCGCAAACUCUAAAUACCCUCUUCCUUGUGCUCCUGAAUGGACAGCUAGAGAUGAACUCACGCUUCAACACGAUACACACGCCGCUGGGGGCAUCUGCGGAAGUGCUCCAUGGAGACGGACAAUGGGGCGAAGGAAUAGCCGUCAAUCCCACGUUCGGAUACCACACCGUCCAUCGCACAUGCCAUAAGUCGAGCAAAAUCGCUAGCUCAGAGGCGUCUGAAGACCACAAGACUGAGCACAGCGACAUAGGAAAGCAAACGUCAGAUGCAGAUACGAAUGCCACCACUGCUCUUCCAUGGUCACGGUAUGUGGCCAUUCUUCUGCCAACAACAGAGAUGCAGAUGUCAAUUAUCAGAUACUUGCUGCGCAGAACACCUUUACAGAUAGAACAUGAUGCCAUCUUGGAUCAGAGAAACCACUUCGCGCUGCACACAGAGCAAUAUCUGAGCAAAUCGCAGUUACGAUUCAUUAAUAGAUCGAACUUUACCGUAACCAACAAGAUAAUCCUUGGAACGGGGCUGAUCUGUGUGACGUUCAAGACAUUCUCACUGAACGGAACAAUAUACUUAGUGGCUAGUUUGUUUGCAGGAAUAGAUAUUAGCCUUCUACAGGCGGACAUAAGCCCGGAAAUAGGGGCUGGUGCAGAAAAGGACAUUUCCUCUAAUAUAAUUCGUGAGAAGACAACCAUCAAUGUCAACGCAAUAGAGUCCGACAUAACGAGCAUAGAUACACCCACACUACCGACGCACGAUCACACCAUGCUGAGCUCAUUUCCAGGUCCCGACCCCGUAGAUGCAGAGGUGAUAAGUAACAACAAGAUCAGGCCACAAGGCAUGUUUCCAAGGCUAGUAUUCUGGGUGGUCCAUGAGAACAUGCAUUAUCAAUGCGUUGGAAUUCUUCCUCUCCCAAGUAUCUGUAAUUCCAUCAUAAUAGAUAAGAACUCAAGUACAGAGUUCUGCACAACGCUGGUCUGUGUCGUUGGUAACAGUUUGACACGCUACUUUGUCCAUGCCACUCCCGAGCUUCCUGUCGAAUCCGCCAGGUCCGUUAGUCUUUCCACUAAAGACCAAAAUCCCAUGAAAAGCAUGCCUCUAAUUACUCUAGAAAAUGCUGCAACAUAUGCCAGCGAACAAGCGAGCAAUGUGGACGUCGAUACUCUGUCGUCUGCAUAUCCCGAACUACUCAACACUGAAAAGCAGUCUCUCUUUUUCAGAAUUCCUAGUCAGUUGAUGGGGCGGCAUGAGGGUAAAGAUGGUGGCGAAGAAGAGGUUGCUACGUGUCUCUCGGGGGCGCAGGAGCAGUUAUUAGGGUAUGAAUUCAGGGCAAGAUCCAUGAAGCAUGAUCACGAUCCCAUCUCCACUAUCUCAGCAGAUGACGUUAACAUGAUUUUCACUGUACCACGGUCAAAGUAUGAGCUAAACGUUACAACGGCAAACUCCGUCCCCCUUGUGGAUAAAUUUGAUGCUUCGACGAUAGUAAUGCUCGAUAACGAUGACAGAACGGCCUCCGUUGCAUGUGUUAUCAAUAGCGGAAUUAUAUCUCUGUACGAUUUUAAGCUGAAUUUGCUGUAUUAUGACGAAAAGGGCAUAUGUGCAGAUGUGAAAAUAGUGUGCGGAAUUUCGUCCUCAAUUGCAGGGGCGCGCUUUAAGUCCCCCAAUUGUUUCACGUUUAUUGCUAUAACUCGUGAAAACAUGGUGCAUUUUGUAGUAGCCAACUUAGAGGACGCAUUUUCGCAGGUGCGCAGCAUGGAUUCAAUAGCCGUGCUAUCCCACGAUACUGAGCUGAAGAUCAACAACAUAGAAUCCAACGCCUCUGCUGUAUUAUCCACUCCGGAAAAGACGUCAAGAGUGACCAUACUUGCCUCCUAUCCGUCAAGGCAUAACAUCACAUGUGUCCACAGCUAUAUGAACGACUUAGUGCACAUGGGGACAGACUCAGGUGCAGUUGUCUCCAUCAAGGCAAAUGCUACGCAGCUCCUGGCUGCAUUGCAGAAUAAAAUGAUUUCGGUGAUAGCAGAGAAGUUCAAUCUAUCGGGAACUGCUUUCGAUCCUGGGCAUCUUAAGAAGCUCUCCAACCGAGCAAAGGAGUGCAAGAUUAUAGACGCGGAUUUUCUGAGCCAGUUUUUAACGUUGAACACUGAGCUCCAGGGAACGAUAGCGCGGAGCCUUAAUAUGACUGUGGAAGACAUUGAGGAAGCCCUUACGGAGAUCUAUUAUCUCUAG